AAAAUGUCACCGUCUUGUCGCGGCUAGUCCAGUUGCCUGCGGAAUUUUGUAAAUUUUCGCACUUUUGUUGGCGAAAAUCGCAUUUCUCUUCCAUCGGCACACGUCCGGACGUUUUACCGCUGCAUUAGUUCCUUUCUAUCAGUGACGGAACCCGUUUUAUACCGACUAUGGCUGAUUUUCUCGAUUCGGAAGCGGAAGAGUCCGAUCAAGAGGAUGAGGAAGAGUUGGAUCAAAAUGAGCGGAAAAAGCUCAAGAAGAUGAAGGCAAUGGCGGACAGCAGCGAGGAAGAUGACGAUGAAGAUGACGAGGAUCGCCUGCGUGAGGAGCUGAAGGACUUGAUAGACGACAACCCCAUCGAGGAGGACGAUGCUAGCGAUGGGGAAGACUCCGACGCGUCUGGGAAUUCGAAGAAACGGAAGAAAAGCGACGACGAUGACGAACUGGACGAUCGCUUGGAGGAUGAGGAUUACGAUUUGAUCGAGGAGAAUUUGGGGGUGAAAGUGGAGCGCAGGAAACGUUUUAAGCGACUGCGGCGCAUCCAGGAUGAGGAGAGUGACGGCGAGGAUGACGCUGACGAGGGAAUGGAAAAAGAGGCGAUCGCUGGGGAGCUUUUCGAAGGCAGCGAUGACGAACGAGAAGUGCAAAAGGAGGUAGAGAGGCGAUCUGAACGCAGCCAAAGGGAGGCAGAGGUCGAGCAGUUUGACGAGGAGGAGGACGAGGAAUCAGACGCGGACGACUUUAUCGUGGAUGACGAUGGUCGCCCAAUUGCCGAGAAAAAGAAGAAGCGUCGAGCCAUCUUCGGAGAUGCGUCGCUACAAGAAGGUCAAGAUAUUUUCGGCGUUGAUUUCGAUUACGACGACUUUGCCAAAUAUGAUGACGACGAAUACGAAGAAGAAUCUGAUGCAGAUGAAUACGAAGAGGACUUCGAUGGCAAUGAACGCGAAAAACGUCCAAAGAAGGCCACGAAAAAGAAAAUGACGAAAAAAUCUAUUUUCGAAAUCUAUGAGCCAAGCGAAUUGAAACGUGGCCACUUCACUGAUUUGGAUAACGAAAUUCGUAAGACAGAUAUCCCGGAAAGGAUGCAACUGCGCGAUGUACCUAUUGUAGCCGUUCCCGAAGGAUCUUCAGAACUUGAAGAUGAAGCCGAAUGGAUUUAUAAACAAGCAUUCUGCAAGCCGACCGUGUCGCAACAAGAGACAAAUGAAGGUGGUCCGCGUGACCGUGGACGUAAACCGCCGAGCGCAAUUGGGAAAAUCAAACAAGCAUUAGAUUUCAUGCGCAAUCAACAGUUGGAAGUACCGUUCAUAGCUUUCUACAGGAAAGAGUAUGUCCAGCCUGAACUGAAUAUCAAUGACCUGUGGAAAGUGUACCGCUUUGAUGCGCGCUGGUGCCAACUCCUUGCUCGUAAGAAAAGUCUCAUUACGUUAUUUGAAAAAAUGCGCAACUUUCAACUGGACGCAAUCAUGCAGAAUCCAGAUGCUCCCCUGCCUGACGAUGUUCGAUUAAUUAGAGAUGAGGAUAUCGAUCGACUAAGAGCUGUACAAACACCUGAGGAGUUGAAGGAUGUUCAUAUGCAUUUCCUACUAUAUUACGCGCAAGAUAUUCCAAAAAUGCAGGAAGCUUGGCGAAAGAAGGAACGAGAACGCCGGAAGCAAGAGAGAAUUGAAGCCAGAAGAAAAGAACUCGAAAAUCUGGAGGAAGGUGCUGAGCCGCCACCAGAAAUAGAAGAUGAGGAAGAUUUGGAGGAAGACCAUCCUGAAGAGCAAUUAAAACAGGCAGGCGAUUCGGGUCCCUAUGCAAUGUGUAAGAAAGCCGGAAUUUGUGGCCUUGCGAAACGCUUCGGAUUGACACCAGAGCAAUUCGCCGAGAAUCUGAGAGACAAUUACCAACGCCAUGAAGUUGAACAGGAGCCCAUUGAACCCAAUGAUUUGGCUAAGCAAUACUUAUGUCCGAAAUUUAUGACUGUUGAUGAAGUGUUGCAUGCGGGCAAGUUCGUUGUGGCCCGGCAAUUAGCGAAAGAGCCCUUAUUGCGGAAAUGUGUUCGUGAAAUUUAUUUCGAGCGAGCGAAAAUUUGCGUACGACCAACAAAGAAAGGAGCCAAGGAAAUCGAUGAGAAUCAUCCGUGUUACAGCAUGAAAUAUCUGAAAAGCAAACCAGUCAGAGAUCUAGCUGGAGAACAAUUCUUGCGUUUAAUUAUUGCAGAAGAAGAUAAGUUAUUAGAAGUCACUAUCCUCGAUAAAAUUGAAGGACACACAACUAGCUCAUUUCUAGAUGAAGCGAAAAAGCUUUAUGAACGUGAUGAGUUCUCGAAAAAUGUGCAGGAUUGGAAUGCCUUAAGGACCGAGUGUGUUGAAUUGGCUCUAACAAAAAUGGUGUUGCCGGACAUGCGGAAAGAAUUGAAAUCAAUUCUUAUUGCCGAAGCUAAAGAGGCGGUUCUGCGAGCUUGUUGCCGAAAGCUAUACAAUUGGAUAAAAAUCGCUCCAUAUGUACCAUCAUUCACUGAAGAAGAUGAUUAUGAUUGGGAGACCACAAAGGGCAUUCGCGCAAUGGGCCUGGCAUAUGUCCCGGACUACAACCAAGCAGCUUUCUGCGCAAUAACAAGUCCAGAAGGAGAGGUGACUGAUUAUCUCCGCGUCCCCCAUAUUUUGAAGCGGAAAAAUUCCUAUCGGCUUGAUGAGAAGACUCUGAAGGAGUCCGAUAUAUCAAAUUUGAAAGCGUUCAUUAGAAAUAAGAAGCCACACGUCAUAGCCAUAGGCGGCGAGUCCCGAGAAGCAUGUAUGAUACAGCAAGAUCUGCAAGAAAUUAUCAAAGAGCUUGUCGAGGAAGAACAGUUUCCCAAUGUGGCGGUGGAAAUUGUCGACAACGAAUUGGCGAAAAUUUACGCCAAUUCGAAUAAGGGACAAUCCGAUUUUCGUGAAUAUCCAGACCUUCUGCGACAGGCAGUUUCUAUUGCUAGAAAAAUGCAAGAUCCACUUGUUGAGUACUCGCAACUUUGCACUGCGGAUGAGGAAAUUUUGUGCUUACGAUAUCACACUCUCCAGGAUCAGCUACCCAAAGACGAACUCCUAGAACAUCUCUAUUUGGAGUUCAUCAACAGGACGAAUGAAGUGGGCGUUGAUAUUAAUCUGGCCGUCCAGAAUUCCUUAACUAUCAAUUUAGUGCAAUUCAUAUGCGGUCUAGGUCCCAGGAAAGGUCAAGCCUUAAUUAAAAUUUUGAAGCAGACGAAUCAACGGCUGGAGAAUCGUACUCAGCUUGUAACUGCAUGUCACAUGGGCCCUAAAGUGUUCAUCAACUGCUCCGGAUUCAUAAAGAUCGACACUAAUUCGUUGGGCGACAGUACUGAAGCGUAUGUGGAAGUUUUGGAUGGAUCUAGAGUGCAUCCGGAAACAUACGAAUGGGCCCGAAAAAUGGCUGUGGAUGCUUUAGAAUAUGAUGAUGAGGAGGCGAACCCCGCCGGAGCGCUGGAAGAAAUUCUCGAGUCUCCGGAACGGUUGAAAGAUUUAGAUCUCGAUGCUUUCGCUGUCGAACUGGAGCGUCAAGGAUUCGGCAAUAAGAGCAUUACUCUAUAUGAUAUCCGUGCGGAAUUGAAUUCGCGCUAUAAAGACUUGCGAACGCCGUUUCGCUCUGCAAAUCCGGAAGAACUGUUUGAUAUGUUGACAAAAGAAACCCCUGAAACAUUCUACGUGGGAAAAAUGGUUUUGGCUUCUGUAGUUGGUAUUUCGCACCGGAAACCUCAAGGCGAGCAAUUAGACCAAGCAAAUCCAGUCCGCAACGAUGAGACUGGACAUUGGCAGUGUCCUUUCUGCCUGAAAGAUGAUUUUCCUGAAUUGUCUGAGGUGUGGAAUCACUUUGACGCUGGUGCUUGCCCUGGACAAGCAACAGGUGUAAAAUUACGUCUAGAUAACGGAUUAUCGGGAUUCAUACAUAUUAAAAAUCUUUCUGACAAACAUGUUCGAAAUCCCGAGGAGCGAGUACAAAUCGGGCAAGCGAUUCACGUGAGAAUAACGAAAAUUGAUGUGGAAAGGUUUUCUGUGGAUUGUUCGUCAAAGAGCUCAGAUCUUAUGGACAAAAACCAUGAAUGGCGGCCUCGAAAAGACAAUUUUUACGACCAAGAACAGGAGGACAAAGACAACCGGAAAGAAGAUGACUCUAAAAAAACGAAGGCGCGACAGCAGUACGUGAAGCGAGUUAUAGUCCAUCCAGCAUUUCAUAAUAAAUCGUAUGCAGAGGUCAUCAAAAUUAUGGAAGACAUGGAUCAGGGCGAGGCGAUUGUCAGGCCCUCAAGCAAAGGGGCGGAUCACUUAACGGUGACAUGGAAGGUUUGCAAAGAUAUCUAUCAACAUAUUGAUGUUCGGGAAGAGGGCAAGGAGAACGCCUUCAGUUUGGGGCAAAGCCUUUGGAUCGGCAAUGAGGAAUUCGAAGAUUUGGAUGAAAUCAUUGCUCGGCACGUGACACCGAUGGCUGCGCAUGCCAGGGAUUUGUUGAGUUAUAAGUAUUACCGCGACGCUGAUGGUGGUAUGAAAGAUAAAAUGGAAGAAUUACUCAAAGAGGAAAAAAAGAAGGAUCCAAAGAAAAUUCAUUAUUUUGUCUCAGCAUCGAAAAAUUAUCCCGGUCGGUUCCUGCUCUCAUACUUGCCAAAGCAGAAGUGUCGACAUGAAUAUGUGACAGUGACCCCGGAGGGCUUUCGGUACAGGUCGAAAGUGUUUGAAUCAAUUAACUCAUUCCUAAAAUGGUUCAAAGAACAUUUUGCCGAUCCUCUUCCCGGCAAUACACCAUCGAUUACACCACGUGCGGGAGCAACUUCGCGUACACCGUCGUAUUCUACCCCGUCUCUGAGCAUGAAUUCUGAUGCAAUUCAAAAGGUGGCGCAAACUAUGCCAUCGCACAUGCUCCAUUCGCUUUCACAGGUCGCAGGCCAAACACCGCAUUACCCUAACACUCCCGGCUAUGGUCAAAGUGCUUAUAUCAAUACUCCAUACACGCCAAGCGGGCAAACUCCGUUCAUGACGCCGUAUCACACGCCGCAUAGCUCCCAGACUCCUCGUUACGGCCAAAGCACUCCCAGCCAAACGCCAUCUUACUCGAACGGACCAUUCCUUCGGCCGGGUCCACCGCCAGUUGCUUCUUCACGAACAUCAGGAUCGGUUCAUUCGUCGCCACAAUCGUACGGCCGGUCACCACGAAUGUACAAUAAUCCACCCCACAACCCGCCACACAAUUCGCAUCCCCGUGGAUAUGGUGGUGGAAGCGCUGCUGCAGCCCAUCAAGAAAGCAUGGAUUGGCAAAAGGCGGCAGAUGCCUGGGCCCGAAUCAAACCCAGUUCUGGCACGCCCCGUGAUAUGGGCGGCAGAGGCACACCUCGCGGACAGCAACGAACCCCACGCUACGACGAGUAUCAACCGCGCAAAACACCGCAAUACGACGAGCGGCCGAUGAGCCGCGGUGGCAUGGGUGGAGGACGUGGUGGCGCCGGUGGCAACAACUACUUCAAGAGCCCUAAAUCGGUUCGGAGUACGCCGCGAACGAACACAUCGCCACUACCGAUGACGUUAGGUGACGCCACUCCCUUGUAUGACGAGAACUGGGAUAAUGAUUAGGGAAAAAUGAGAGUUUCCAUUUAUUUUUCUGCAAUUUUUAUAAGUUGGAUUAUGUUAUGAAAUCUUUUCUUACUUUAGCUGUAAUGCUUUUCAACUUAGUCAUAAAUAUCGUUUGAGGAAAUAUUUCUUAAGGAAUCGUUUUGUAUGGAGACAGCUUCAUUUGAAUAUUUUUUUUUAAUGCAGAACACAACAUCCAGAAUUUUUAUUGUGAAACGAUGCUUACAAUGAUUAGAGUGAGAGAAAGAGCGUGUGUUUCGUUUUCGAUAAAGAAACGUUAUAAACAGACAAGUUAUGUAUUUAAAGAAGCAAGACAACAUCUGGAAUUAUUAAUAUAAUGAAAUAAUAAAACAAGAGCGUUCUUUUACGAAA